AUGUCUGAAAACCAAUCAACCAAGCUGAAGAUAAACUAUGACGUAAACUGUCAGUCCAAGGUGGUUGACGAAGAUAAAGGAGUUCGUGUUUCUCCAAUUGAAUGGACGAAAGCUGAACAAAAUGUGAAAAACAUGAGAGCGUUUGUUGACUAUAUUGGUGACAAGCACGCAAAACUGCGGACAGUUGUUUGUGACACAGUGGAACGAGCUGAAUCAUUGUUGGACUGGGCAAAUCACCAUAUUCAGUGCCUAAUUAUCAUCAAAAUGGACGACAAUGACCGCAAGAAACUGGAGACAAAAUUCACUGCUUCGAUUGAGAUUCACAGCUUCCACGAAGUGAUUGUAAGUUGCACAACGAAAACCAAGUUUUUUGUCCAAACAUGGAUGGCAGUUGCGGUCUAUGCAACACUUGACGAAGGUGAGAAUUACAAUCAGGAAGUCAAGGAACCUAACCCAAAUGACUUGUUCCUGGUUUGCUACACGAGUGGAAGUACCGGCCUGCCCAAAGGUGUUACGUACACACAUAGUACGUUUCUGCAAGGAAUGUCCAUUGCCUACCGUUCACUAGCCUUAAUGGAAAUAUCUACGGAUUGUCACGCGCAUGUGUCUUUUCUACCAAUGGCACACAUCAUGGAGCAAAUCUUUAUGGUUAUUCUUCAUUUGUUCCGGCAGAGUAUUUGUCUCAGGCUUGGUGCCCGGAUCGCUUUUCUGACAAACGACACGUCAGGACUCAUGGAGGAUUACGCGUAUUACCGUCCAACAUUGAUCUGCACGGUUCCGCGUGUAUUAUCUCGGUUAUACACGGAGGUGAUGCGUGUGGUCAACACGAAUAAGAUAAAAGCACAACUUUUCCAACUGGCUGUCGGUGUGAAGACUGCAGAACAGAGCAGGUCAACCUAUUUUCUUGGCUUUCGCACACAGUUGGUGGAGGCUUACGGUUCCACAGAGGUUGGCGGCCUGGCUACCGUGUCACUACCUUUGGAUACUACUGGUGGCCAUGCGGGUUCAGUUGCUCCGGAAGUGUACAUCAAACUUAUUGACGUCCCAUCAAUGGGUUUUGUCGUCCGUCGUGAUGCAGUUGGAGAAAUCUGCGUCAAAUCACCCGCAGUUACUCCUGGUUACUUCAAAGAUGAAGAACAAACAAGGGGUUUGUUCGAUAAGGACGGUUAUGUGCGAAUGGGAGACAUUGGACGUUGGACGGAUCGCGGAACGCUACAAAUUGUAGACCGAGUGAAAAAUAUCUUCAAACUCUCUCAAGGUGAAUAUGUUGCCCCGGAGAAGGUUGAGCAGAUCUACGCCCUCAGCCCUCUUGUUACAAAUGUCUAUGUGGAAGGAAACGCGCUUUAUCCCUACGCAGUUGGAGUGGUCGUACCCAAUCUCCAAGAGAUAGAAAGACAAUUCCCACAACAGCUGCCAUCAGAUGGAGUACAACAUACCGAAUCCGAGAAAUCCAGGGAGAAGACAUCUGUUCCUCUGUUAGAUUUGAACCAGGAGAAGAAUCUGACGAAGCUCUUAAUAGAUGAACUGAACAGGAUUGGUAGCGCAGGGGGCCUGAAAGGAUUUGAACAGAUUCGCGCGGUUCAUCUAUCAGAUGAACCGUUCUCCGUUGCCAACGGCCUACUGACUCCAACAAUGAAGAUCGCACGACCUCAACUGCGGCAGAAAUUCGCCCAUCACAUCCAGGCCCUCUACGAUGCUGGGGAUAGCUGA